AGAGAUAGAGAGAUCGCAAUGAGAACCCUAGCCCACUCCAUUCUCCUCCUCCUCCUCCUCCUCCUCCUCCUCCUCCUACUCGGAGCCUCGAUCGCUCCGAUCUCCUCCGCCACCACCUCCUCCGGCGGCGGCGAUCUCACCUGGAUCGCGGCGGCCCACGGCGGCGGCGAGCUCGAUCUCGGCUCCGACGCGGCGGCGGAGGACGAGGGGGCGCGGCGGAGGGAGCUGUGGGGGUGGGGGGGAUACAUCGGCUACGAUGCGCUGCGGCGGGACAGCGUGCCGUGCUCGCAGCGCGGGGCGUCGUACUACAACUGCCGCCCCGGCGCCCAGGGCAACCCCUACUCCCGCGGCUGCUCCGCCAUCACCCAAUGCCGGAGCUGGUGAAACCCUAAUUAAUCUCUCCGCUCUCCUCCUCCCACCCCCUUUCGUUUUCCGUUUUUCCCUUUAGAUUCGGUGACAAAAUCCGUGGAUUGUUCCUGAUCUACGGUGCAUUUUGAAAUUGGUUUAUCAAUUUUAAAAGAUUUGAUUUCAUAACCUAGUCUUAUUGCGUGAUGAUUCUACUGCUUGAUUUUAAAAGUACUUCAACUUUUUUAAAUUUCGGAUAAUCUAUUUUAGAACGCACUGCAGUUGAGGUAAGAUCGAUCUAUUGCAUUUUUACCUUGUUUUUGUUUUACAUUUUGUUUUUUGGUUUUUCUUUAGAUUAAGAUGUAGUUUAUUUGUAUUGAUCAAUGUGCAAAUUGCUGUAACUGAUGGUAGUUGUAAUCUCGGUUCUUGGUACUAUACAUGGAAUUUUAUUUA